UAGAGGGAGUGAGGAAGAGCAUAAGAGAGCUUCCUGAUAACAACACCAGCCUGAUUGGUGCAAAUCCUGAUCAACACCAGCAUGAACUGGCAAAUGGGCUGGUAUUCUCUUCUCGUACCUGGGCCUUAAAGAAGGUCAGAUGACAUCUGUUCCAACUGUGAGUGUCUUGGAUCUUGAACCUGAUAAGAAGCAUCUCUCUACCAGGACACAGGCUGGAUGCUAACACAUUGGGGUUGUGAGAAAGGGAGCAGGAUAUGUUGUGAACUGUGUUGACUUGUUUCACCUGAUAAGUAGGCUGUGAUCUAGUCCUCCUGAGAAGAGGAGAAAGGUUGUGCCAAGCUGUCUGGGUGAAGAAAUACCAUAGUGCCCUGGAUGCUGCAGAAAUAAAAUUGGGGGGAAAAUUAGCAAUGGGGGAUCCUGAUGUGGCAUCCCUGCUGUGAACUAUGGAGAAAACCAAAUCGGGUCUAAUUCUUGGUCUACUGACCAAUCACACCACUCUAAAUGACACAUCUAGCCAGUGGAGGCCCACCAAGCCUACCCCACCGAGUUUGGAAGAAUUAAUUCACUCCGAGUCUCAGAUUAAAGAUCUGAUAGGGUUAUUCUGCAUGGUGACCCUUAACCUUGCCGCUCUGCUUGGCAACACUGGAGUUAUGGUGGCCAUUGCCCGAGCCCCUCAUAUGAAGAGAUAUGCAUUUGUGUGUCAUCUUUGUGCAGUGGAUUUGCUCUGUGCCAUAUUACUGAUGCCCCUUGGAAUAGUAUCCAGUUCCCCAUUCUUUAGCACUGUAGUGUUUACAGUCCUGGAGUGUCAGGUCUACAUCUUUCUUAAUGUUUUUCUGGUCUGUGCCUCUAUUCUCACAGUGACUGCUAUUAGCAUAGAGCGCUACUAUUACAUAGUUCAUCCUAUGCGUUAUGAGGUUAAGAUGACUAUUCACUUGGCGGUUGGGGUCAUGGUAUUCAUCUGGGUGAAGUCCAUCCUUUUAGCUCUUGUCACUUUGCUUGGCUGGCCAGCAUAUGGGAACCAAAGCUCCAUUGCAGCUGCCCAUUGUUCUCUGCACUGGAGCCAUAGUCGUCUUAGGAAAUCUUUUGCAGUACUCUUCUGCAUGGUUUGCUUUCUGGUUCCUGCGGUUGUGAUCUUCACUGUGUACUGUAAUGUCUACAAGGUCGCACGAACGGCUGCCCUCCAGCACACUCCAAUGCCCACAUGGGCCAUUGCUCAAGCAAAGUGCCGCUCAGAUUCCAUCAAUAGCCAGACAACCAUCAUCACCACUACCCGCAGUCUGCCUCAGAGACUGUCCCCAGAGAGGGUGUUUGGGGGUGGAAAAGCUGCCCUUACUCUUGUGGUCAUUGUAGGACAGUUCCUGCUGUGCUGGCUCCCAUACUUCAGCUUCCACCUCCACAUGUCUAUCACUGCCCCGCUCCAGAGUCCGGGAGACAUAGAGGAGGCUGUUACAUGGCUGGCAUAUUCCUCAUUUGCAGUGAACCCAUUCUUCUACGGCCUACUCAACAGGCAGAUCCGUGAGGAACUCAUCAAGCUGAGGAGGUGCUGUGCUCCCAGCCAGCCCAUGGAACUUGGAGCCUCAAGCCAUGAAGGAUCCAUCCAGGAGAACUUUCUGCAGUUCCUGCAGCGGACAAACAGCACAAUUGAGACCACCAGGUCCAGCUGUGCAAACUCCAGCCCUAGAAAUACCUUAGACCAUGGGGUUAGGAUACCUGGGGAGAUACCUGAGGAGUGACUGAGACCCAUUACAUGGUGAUACUUGAGCAAUGUUUGAGAUAUAACAUGAAUUCUUGGCAUUUGUGUGGGUGGAUGGGUGUGCACUUCAAUUACAAAUGCGUCAUACAUGAUAUGGAAUGAUUUCAUUGAGUAUUCAUACAAUACUUUGUGACUUUGUAACCAUCACAAUAACAACAGUAACUGUAUGCAAGAACAUUUAAAUUUCAAUAUAACUCUUACAUGUUGUGACAAACUGAAAACAAAUGAACAAUGCAACUGUAAACCAGAAGUCUUUUUGAUCUUAUAAUGUUUUCAUGAUUUUUAUCACAUACAACUGCAAGUGUGGAUCUAAUUGAACUAAUUCUAAGCUAUGAGGCAAAAGCUUUCCCCAUGAGUGCAAGCAGGCCCUGAUGUAGCUUGCUAAUUCCAUCUGCUCGUCACCAUGGAAAUGCUGUUUAGCCACAGCCUUGCAUAGCAACAGGGUUCUUUUGUGAGGAGUCCUUAGGUUUUCUUGCAAAUUGGAUAAAAUACAAUGUCCUGCAGUAGCUUUUUCACUCAAGCUAAGCCGAGAUCAUACAUUACCUGUUGAUAAUCCACUUAUCACCUCACUAUGUCUAGAUAAAACAAACAGGUUUCUGUCUAAAUGCAUUUAUUACACAGCAACAUAUACACAUGCUGCCCAGGAAGCCAAAAAGUCAUUAGCACACAGUGAAAGUGCUCAGGCAGAGAUAACGUAGUGAGGUUUUAUGAGCUAUUCUGUAUUUGUGCAGGGCCAUGACAAACAAUGAGGAAAAAUGAGGAGCAACUAGUUGUAUAUAGGGAACACUGACAGACCAUUUUACAGGUUUGUGUCAUGUUCAUUUAGGGAUUUUGUCUGUAAAGGCAUGAAAUAAGACAAAUCCACCCGUGAUCCUGGUUUAUAAACUUCCUAGGAAAGGUUUAUUUAACAAGAACACUUAGAAUGUUUGAUCAACAUUCUGUAGCAACAUAUUUUAUUUGAGCCUAUGACUUAAAAAAUCACUACUUUUGAUGUACAUGAUUAGGGUUUCUUAUACUUGAGUGAACCUGACAUGAUCAAAAUAAAUGCUUGACCAAAACAGAAGUUGCAAGGGUGUAGUGACGUCGAGGUAAAGAUUAAAGGUGAAUGAAUAAAUGGGAGUGAGCAGUCUUUUGUUGCUUCCUGAAUGGAGGUGAAGGGAUGCAAGCACAGCAUGCUGACUGCAGGUUAGCAUGGCUCACAGGCCUUAGUCAUACAAUGCAUUAUUUAGGAAUUGACUCUAUGGCCAAAACAUAAUCCAGCUAUUAAAUACAUGAGGGAUACUGAAGUACUUCACCAUUACACACAGAAACACAUGAUACUCUCAUGUACUCCUAUCAAUUAAAUACCUCAACAGGUAUCUUAUUUUCAGCAAAUUUAGUCAUGUCAUGGGAGAGAUCUCUUGGCCAUCAUUGUAAACUGCAGUAACAGCUGUAGAGACGUGGAUAUCGAAACACAGCACUCUGAACCCAAUCUCUAAAAUCAGUUAAAGCUCCUUAGACUUCAUUACCUAGAUUUGAUAUCUAUCUAUUUGAUGUCUUUUCUAAUACAAUGUAAAACUGAAAUGCACAUGAUUUCACAGAAUUCUGUUUGUUUAUUUGCAGUGGCCUACAGUGUUCCUGCCAUCUAAUUUUGGCCUCUAUUACCCUCAGUCACUAGGCAACAACAUUUUUCUUGAUAAGGAAGAAAUGUAAACAUUUACUUUUUUGCAGUCACUGACAUGUGAGGAACAUGUGAGGAAUUAGAAGUAAUGAUUUGGUGUUUAGAAUAAUGCACUUUCAGCUUUUCACUGUUUUUGAUAAUAAAUGAUAAAACUACCACCAUGCCUUAAGAUGUAUCUGGAAGCCAGCUGUUUCGCAGGAGGAGCAUUUGGGUACCUUAGUGUCCAAUUACUCGGCCGCAUGUGGCAUAUUCAGGACAGUUAUCAGAAGGCAUAAAGAGAGGGUUCCCAUCCUGGCUUAAUGACAAUGCUGCCCCGGGCAGCCUCUGAAUGCAGUCAGUGGAGGAUGAGGAGGAUCCAGGUCACAUCUUUGAGGAAGGUGUCUGGUUUCAACAGAGAAAUCACCCCAUCAUAUUCACAAACAUUAGGCCAUGAAGAAUAUUCUCACCUUUUUCUGCAUUAUGGUAAAUCAUCUUAGAAAACAACACAAAUGAAUCUGAUGUAAUAUCUAUAAAUGUUACAGAUAUUUUAGCAUUGGGGGAUAGAUAGUUAUCCCCCUAUGUUAACACCUGCACCAAGAGACAUUCCUUGUACAUUUUGUACUUGGCAAAUAAAAGAUUCUGAUUCUGAUAACAGCAGUGACUGAGAUGGAAACCAGAACUAAUUUGAGACUUUUUCACACUACUUUUAUUUUCUGGGAUUGCAACUAAAUCCACCGUUGAAAUGUCCACUGAGUAAAAUAACAAAAUGGGUGGCUGUCCCAGAAUAGCCAUUGCUCUUUCUUGCCUUGAUCGAACUAACUCUGAACUCAUUCAUUUAUCUCUAUUCCCCUUCUCUUCCUCUGGAGGUACCAUUCUACUUACCUUUGGCCAACUCCAUUACAGUGGACAUCUCUCCAAUAUAACUAUUAUAUGAACUACAAAACUACUCACCUGCACGUUAAUUUAACAAAGUCACUGUUUUUGUAAAGUGUCCAUGAGUACUGUCUGACAUUAUGUUAACUGCAGUGCUGUUCUAUUAAUCGCUCACAUACAACUUAUAAUCAGCUAUAUACAAAGCCUUUAUUUAAUCAGACUUUUUAAAAAAUUAAAAAUUAGAUUGUCUACAUUCUAUAAGCCUAAAAGUUUCAAAGUCUUGUAUCAAAGAUGUGCUCUGCUUCUCAUCCAGAAAUUUACAGGCCGUGGAUGAAUUAUUUUAAGGCCAUAUGUUUAUUCUUCAUGGUUUUAUGCUAUUUAUGUCAACUUGUAAUGUCCAUGUUGUCCAUGUUUAAUGAUUUGGUUUUUUUUUAAACAUCAGUACAGUAAAAACACCAUUAAAUACUUUAAAAUUUCCAUAUCUAACAUUAUUUACAACACUUAUAACCAUCAUUACUUACAUCAUUAUCCUCUGCAUUAAUAACUCAUAAGUCAUGCUUUUAAAAAGCUUAUUGAAAUCUUAAACAUUUUCCAAACUCAAGGGACAUUUUUUCAUUCCCGUCAAUAUGUAACACUGCCCAUUACAACACUGCCUUUCCUGCCGUCUUAGUGUUCACAAUAGUCUAUUUAGCCAUGGGUGGCACUGAAGAUGAUGAAUGUAUUGUGGUGUUAAUUACUAUAUUUGCAUUGCUUUUUAUUCAUGAAUGCGUUAAGUGGUAAUUAUGUUGUAAACAAUAUUAGUAAAGUGUAAUGUAUAGAGUUACAAAAGCACUUGGAAGCAGCACUUGCUCCUGUCAAGACAGUCUACCUGUGGCAGGUCUGUCUGGGAGGCUUAGCUAUGUGGGGGGAAGCCCCACUGCUAGAAACAUUCAAGGCUGAUGGUGGUUAUUGAUAGCUACCUCUGGAAGAUGAUCUCUUAAUGGGUCCAAAGGUUGGAAAAAUCUUCUGAGCCCGUGUUUGUGAGAGGGACUGAAAUAAGCACCAAGAUGAUGGGGAUUUUCCACAUGCAGUUGCAGUGGAAGGAUGGUCCAAAAUCCACUCUUCUGCUGUAUUCAUCAUGUAAUUUUCCUAUGCUCUGAAUCAUCUUAGAACAAAAUUCACAGCCCUUUAAUAAACGUUCUAUACAUAUACAGUAGUUUAUAUUUUAUAAUAUGCAAGAUGUAAAUAGCUGUUUAUGGAUCCACAGUGUUUAACUUAUAUCAGUUGGUGAAAGCAAAUAAUGGUGCCAAGUUUUGUGUUAACUGUUCAGUAAAAAAAAAAAAAAGUAACCACAGCCUUGUAGUGAGGAUUGUAGUGUUGUAGUGAGUUCCAUUUCAAAUUUAGAUGGAAUUGAAAUCCAAUUUAUACAUUUAUUGCAAUGAAAUGCAAUCAGCUCAAACUCACUGAUACAUUUCUAUGAAAUUCCACUACUUUAAUUCAGUUUGCAAAUUACUGAAACUAAAUAUAAUUUUGUGUAUAUAAUAGUUUAUGAAUAUAAUUUUCCCUGAUUUGACCCUGACCUCACUGGUCCAUGUUAAGGGGAUGAUUAAUGUUAGCAUAUAUUGUUCCGCUGGAUAAUAAUGACAUCUUUCAGUUCAUUCAAUUCUGAACUCUGUUAUUGCAAGAUCAGGUUUGGAAGUAACCUGUGUAAAUGCGGAAGAGAUCUGAGCACCCCUGCAGAGCACACUGUUUGGGAAGCAGAAUUGCAGUAGUAGAAGACCUGAGAUAGAGACAGUGUCGUUUCAUCUUACACAUUAGGAUGGGCUUUUCCCCUUGAAACCUCAGCUUUGACAGGUAGGCAUCAAAAAUAUUCUUUUUGGAAAGGAUCCUAGUGGAGUCUGUAGAGACAGUCACUCAGGAAGAUUAAAUAUCCUGCAUUAUAAACAUUACUGUAGAUUCACAAAGAUAAGGGUCCAACUACUGCAACUGAUGAAUUAAUUAGUACCUGCACACAAAAGCUGUACAAAUUGUUCCACAGAGCUCCUAUGGCCAUAUGAAACUGUCUCCUCCUGCCCAAGAGUCUGUCCUCCACCAGCUCUGUAUUUAUGUGGCCCUCCACUGGUACCGGUUCACUGAAGCACUUGAUUGAUUCAAACAGUUUUACCUUCUCUUCCCUCAAUUUCUUUUGCUGUCUAGAGAUAGUAUGGACAAGAAGUUCAAGUGUAAAAGAUUUCCAGUAAUUAGUAAACAAUAAAUACCAAUUUGUAAAAAAGGGAGAAAAAUAUACUUGUGUGACUUGCUUUUUCUGAUGAACUCCAACAAACUGAUUGUUGAAGGGCAUAUUGGCUACUACAAUUG